AUGUAUUUAGAAGAAGGUGUUUAUAGGGACUACAGACAAAAAGGAAUGGAUUCAUUCAAGGCUUUGGAGUGGUGGAAUAUUCAUAAACUAAAGUACCAUGUCUUAUCGAAGAUGGCUAUGGAUGUGCUUGUGAUCCCGAUUUCUACCGUUGCAUCUAAGGCAACAUUUAGUGUUGGGGGUAGAUUAAUUGAUCGAUACAUAUCUUCAUUGGCACCGGACACUGUUCAAAAGUUGAUUUGUGGAGGAGAUUGGAUUAGACAUCGUUAUGGACUCAAGAAAAAAUUGAAGUUCUUUUUACACAAAGAGGAAAUGCCCAUUGAAGUUUUAUUACCUACGGGGACAAGUAAUAGUUAA